AAGUCACGUCUAAUAUAGUAGUGAAGCGGUGAUAGCCAUCUAGAGAGUAGAGUUUUAUCACAGUACAGUUUUGUCUUAGUAAGAGCUAAGUGAGAUGGCAGAAAGCUACCAGACUACAUCUGAAAAAGAGUCAGAGUAUGUUCAUGGCAUGCUACCACAUUCAUAUACAUAUGCUGUUGUCUUUGAACGGUAUAAAGCAGUUCAUGAUCAACUGGAAAAAUCUCAGAAGAAACUUGAAGAGUCUCAGAAACAACAAGGGGAUCAUGUCGAAGAACUGAAAAAAGAAGUCCAGUCACUAAAAGAACAAAAGAGUCAGCUUAAACAGGAAAUUUACAAAAUUAUUGGGGAGCUAGAGACCAAAGUUGAUGCUAACACUCAGAGUAUUAAAAAUCUUGAAUCUGAACUUAGCAGGGCCAUUAAAUCGUUUAGUAAAAGUAACGAUGAGGAAGAUAUUUUGCAUCGUUUAAAAGCAUUAGAGGGAAAAGUAAAACCUAGUAUGGAGGCUUAUGGUUACCAUGACAAGAAGAUUAAAGAAUUGGAAGAGCGUAUUAAGGAUUUGGAAGAGGAGUGUGAAAAUUCCAAUGAGCUCAUUAAAAAUCUUUUUGACCAUAAUGCAAAACUAAACGAACAAAUGAACAAUCUGUCCGAUGACAUCACAAUGUUACAGAGUCAGCAAGCCACAUCAGGAGAAGACAAGUCAGGCAAAUCAUGGUGGUCCAGAAGGAAUGGAAAGAAGAAAAAAAUCCCAGUUCAAGAUAGUGAUCAUGAGAGUAGUACUAUUUUUGCAGAUAAGGCUACUAGAUCAGAUAAGGCGACCCCUACAAGUCUUAGUCAGGCAGAGUCUGACUAUACAAAUCCUACUAGCCUCAAACGCACUUCUUCUGUUCAUGUCAAGCAAAAGGCAAGCAAAAUUAAUGAGAGUCUAACAUUCAAACAUGGUCACAAACGUGCUUCUUCUACUGGAGACCUACUUGCUACUGUGGACAAAGGAGCAGGGGAACACGAAACCUUGAAAGAACCAUUGAGCAGCAGUCGUGCAGCACUCAAUAAGAUUUAAUUGUACUUAACUCUGGACUGUCCUGUGCUCAAAAAUAAAAGCAUUUUAU